UUUAUUGUUUUUAGGUGCAUAGUAGAUCAAAGGGUUGGCAGUCCCUGGUUCCCCUCGAGUCUUCCUAUCUCCUUCGUCCCCACACCCUCACUCUUCUUCUCUCCUCCGGCGGGCGGCAGUGGAAAUGGCGGAUUGGGGCCCAGUGUUCGUGGCUGUAGUGCUGUUCGUCCUCCUCACUCCUGGGCUCAUCAUUCAAAUCCCUGGCAAGAACCGCCUCGCCGAAUUCGCUAAUAUGCAGACUAGUGGAAUCUCCAUCUUCAUCCACUCCAUCAUCUACUUUGCCGUUAUCUCAAUCUUGCUCCUCGCAGUCGGAGUCCACAAGUUCAACUUGUUCUAUUCAUCGAUGGCGGACUGGGCACCUGUGGUGGUGGGCGUUCUCCUAUUCGUUCUUCUUUCUCCGGGGCUCCUCUUCGAGCUUCCUGGCAACCACCGAGUGGCAGAGUUCGGCAGCAUGCGGACCAACGGAAAGGCCAUCUUCAUCCACACCCUCAUCUUCUUUGCCAUCUUCUCCGUCAUCAUCGUCGCCCUCCACCUUCACAUCUACACCGGGUAGACACAUGCCUUCACCCUCAGCAUAUAGGGUUAGGGUUUUCUUCCGUUCAAUGUUCUGAUCCCUGUUUACCCUAUAUUUAUCGGCUUUUAUCAGAUUCUGCUAUUUAUAUUACUGUGUCUAAUGCCUAAUUUUCCUUCAUCUAAUGAUUUAUCUGGAUUGCUUCA